AUGGCCGACAUUACUCAAGCGCAGAGCAUCAUCAUUGUUGGCGGCGGCAACUUUGGUGCUGCAACCGCGCUCAGCCUGGCCAAGAGCCACAAGGACAAAGUCGUCACGCUCAUCGACACAACGCUCCUCGCCAACCCGCGCGCCGCCUCACACGACAUCAACAAGAUAGUGCGGGACGACUAUGCAGACAUUCUGUACAUGCGCAUGAUGGUUAAGGCCAUGCAGCAGUGGCGCGAGGACAAACUAUACACCCCUUACUACCACCAGGUCGGCAUGCUGCGGGCCGAUCCGGGAAACUUCAGCAAUGGAAGCAUGCGCAACUAUCAAAAGCUGAAUGUGCAGAGCCGCGCCGAGUGGCUUGACGUCGAUGAGGUUCGGAGGCGCUUUAACGGCGCCUUUGCUGACGGCGAAUUUGAGGGACUUGAUAAGAUCAUGUACAAUCCAGAUUGCGGCUGGGCCGAGGCCGACAAGGCCCUCGGGGCCGUCCUGCAGGCUGCCCAGGCUGAGGGGGUGCGGCACCACGUCGGCGACGUGGAGAAGCUCAUUUUCAACGAAGUGGGUGCCUGCGUCGGCGUGCAGUUCAGAGGCGGCGACGAGAUGCGCGCGGACGCGGUGCUCCUCUGCACCGGGGCUCGGACACCUUUGCUCCUGGCCGAUAGCGCGCCUGACAGAGCGGAGUUGCAUGCAGGCCAUAGGGUCGAGGCCACGGGUGCCGUCAGCUUCACGGGGCGCUUUACCGGCGCGCAGAAGGACAAGUACACGGGCGUGCCGGUGUGCAAGAACGUCCUGCCGCAGGUCAAGGGCGAGAGCAUGGGCAUGACUGCCGAGGGCGUCAUCAAGUUCAACUGCGACAUGAGCUUCACCAACAUGCAGCUUCACAAGGCCUCGGGCCAGCGCAUGUCGAUGGCGCCGGAUGACGAGCAGUACGCCACGUGGUUUGGCCGCGCCUUCUCCUCGCGGUUCGAGAAGAGAGCGCUCAGCACCAUGAGGGGCCUGUACGGCAAGGAGGUCGAUGGCGUCAAGAUUGAGAGGUUCCGCAUGUGCUGGGACGCCACGACCAAGUCGCACGACUUUCUCAUCACGCCGCACCCCCACUGCGCGAACCUGUUUGUUGCGACGGGCGGCUCGUUCCACGGGUGGAAGUUUCUGCCCGUCAUUGGCGAUUACAUUGUCGACAUGCUGUUCGGGCGACUGGCGCCCGAGUAUGCGGACCGCUGGGCUUGGGACCCGGUCAGCGAGGACGAGCACAGGGCGAAUCCGACCUACGACGUGGAGUUUGACCUGCCCGAGUGGCUGGAUGGCGGCAUGCAGUGUACGACUUGGUAA